UCGCUGGGGCAGAUGAGGAUGGGGGUGUGGGCGCGGCUUGACGUUGUGGCUGGGAUCCUUGGGCUGCAUAGCGACGGGGAAGCAUGCGGACUGGGGCACGUGGUAGCCAACAAGGGAGGAGUCGGGAUCGGGCUGUGGGUGUGGGAUACAUCGAUGGCGUUCGUUGCCUCGCACCUCGCCGCCCACCAGAACCAGACGAAGAGGAGGAACGAGGACUACUCGGAGAUCGCGGGAGGCCUGAAGCUCGGGCGAUACUCCAACUGCGACCUCUUCAGCCAGUUCCACCACGUGACGUGGAUGGGGGACCUGAACUACAGGCUCGACUUUAACCCCGAGGUGUUCGGGGAAGGAGCCAACUCCAAAACCCCGCCCAAGGAGCUGUUUGACACGAUCGAGAAGAUGGUGCAGGAGAAGCAGUUUGCGGAGCUGCUGUCCUACGACCAGCUCAUCAAGGCGAGAGAGCAGCGGGAGUCGUUCCUCGGGUUCCACGAGGGACAGAUAACGCAUCCUCCUACGUUCAAGGUGGAGAGAAAGAAGGGAAUCCAGUACAUCUCCGAACGCUCCCCCGCCUACUGCGACCGCAUCCUCUGGCGAAGUUUCGACACGCUGAUGUCCCAGUGCAGCGACUUGUGGAGCGGCAACGAGGUCUCUUCCUCCGACCACAAGCCCGUG